CUCCCAAUCGACAAUAUGUAUUUUUUUUAGUUUGAGUUGGCGAUGAAGUAGCAAAAAUAAAAUUUCGCAAUAAUUCGAGAUACGCCUCCGCUAGAGCUCUCUAUGAAAACACCUGUCGAUGUACUGCUUUAUCCUUUCACCUGCUCUAUGUUCGACAAACUCUUGAAAAAUACUGUAAACCAUUAUCAGAAAAAUGAGAGCGCAAGUGCUAUUGCAGAAAAUGCUAGUCAAGCCCAUCGCGUUUUCAGGUACGAAGUCUUGCUCGAUAUCAUCAAAAACGGGCAAGAGAAGUAUGACAAAAAACGCUCCCCACUUCAAACCAAGCAAGAUGCAAGCGAGUGGAAAAACAGUUCUUGGUCUUCUUCUCCUCUCACUUGAGCUAACAUUAAAAAAUGCUUUCGUAAAAGCAAUGCCGUGGCCUGUUGCUUUGUACAACUUCUCUUCGCCAAACUGGCUCGAGGAUAUGAGUGGAAAUGGGCUUUCGGCUAAGUUUUAUGAUCAUGCCAUGACUGAGGGACCAACCGGUGAUAAAGAUAGCGCCGUUCUGUUUUAUGGGACGGACACGUCACUCGCAGAAAUAAAUGAAAAUAUAAAAAUAGAUACAAGGUAUUCCAUCACAUCUCUUCUGUGGAUACGACAGGAGUCAUCGGGGCCAAUCUUUCAGUAUGACAAAGACAGCUUGAAUGGGGUACAUUUCUGGUACAGAACACCGACCCAAUUGUACCUCCAGAUACCAGAGCGCGGCACGGGUAAAAAAUACGGCGCUUUGACAUACAGCAACCUCCCUACCAAAACCUGGCACCAUGUGGGGUUCACAUAUGACUACUCCACUGGUCUGCAAAGGCUCUACGUAAAUGGCACUAUGGUGGCAGAGAGCAAUGUUGGCAAUCAUGAAAUUGCUACCAUUUAUGAGAUUCGCUUCGCGAAAAACCUCAAUGUCAUAUUGACAUCCUCAAGUGGAUACCAAUUAAGAGCCCGCCUUAAUUGUUUUCAACUUUACGACCAAGCCCUCAACCCUGACCAAGUGAAAGCAGCAAGAGAUAUGUGCACCAGGAAAGAAUUGUUCAGGCAGUGUUUCAAUUAUCAAGUAUUAAAGAGUUUUGUCGCGGCAAAAAACUACGUCUGGUAUGGCUUCAAAGGUAAUAAGGCGAAGAAAAUAAGGUCCAGCUGCCCUUCUAAGUCGGAUUGCCAAGUCUGGAUCAACGGUACACACCCUUCAAGACCGCAAGGAACGGUAGAACACGAGCUGUGCGUUCGUGGGGCGGGUGGCUGCUGUGAACAGAAGGCGAGGGUGGAGAUACGACAAUGCUAUGGCUAUAACGCCUACAAGUUCAAGGGUCUCCCACCUCUUGAUGCACACAUCAUGAUAUGCCUCGCAACAGGUGAAAAUUAUCCCCACACCCUGCCCUCACGGGAUGCAUGCCACAAAAUAUGCCUCGCAACAGAUACUGACAACGAUGCGCCGGAAAAGAUAUUCGGGCCAAUGCCUGGUUACCGUCUCAUCAAUCACGUGAUCUAUACCGAAACUCACGUCCCCUCCCCCACUGUUUGCAUCGGUUAUUGCCUUUUGGAUGACAAGAGAUGCAAGUCCGUGAACUACAGCGCGCGAGACAACGGAAUCUGCCAACUCAACAACGCUACAGAGUUUGACGGACACCUAUCAAUCAAUCAGACAUGGGAUUACUACAAGCCAUUACAGUUUAUUUCCAUUGUAUAAAUCAAGCACAUCACGAGAAGAGUCGACACAAGCAGUAGCUGACCAGCAGUCAACACAAGCGAAAACUGACCAGCGGUCGAGAAGGCACAAGUGAUGAACGGUGAGAACACAGAACACGGCAGACAACCGAGUGAAUACUGACCAGCGGUCGACACUGGUGAAUAGAACAGCGCGGUCAAUGGACUGGGUACUGGCAAGUGGUAGACAAAAACAAUAACUGGCCAGCGAUCAACACUAGUGAACACUGACCAGCGGUUGGUUCCAAGAAUAUACUGGCUAUCGGUCAACGAAAGUGAUUACUGAUCAAUAGUCAAUAUAAGUGAAUUUUGAUCAGCGGUCAACACAAGUGAAUACUGACCAGCGGUCAACAUUAGCAAUGCAAACUUGUAGGGUCACAUGCAACAAACGUAAUAUCGAGUACCUUACAAUAUAAUUCUUUAUUCAUCGAUGUAAUAUAGUAAACUAGUGUAAUUAUUGCGGGUACACCACAUUUUUCUUUGGAUGGGAAAGGAGGGGGAUGCUAAACUUACAGUUGGAUCAUUGUUCCCCAUACAUGGUGGUGCAAAGACAUGCCACUCAAUUUUUUGAGGUCAUAAUCGCUGAAAUAAUUAAACUUUGAGGUACGAUUUUUGGAGGGGAGCAUCGAGACAUCAUACCCCUACCCUCUCAGUGUCAGGCCACGCCUUCUCCCACGGAGAGCAUGUGACGCCGUAUACAUUUAAUUUCAUAGUCAGUUUGGCAUUUAAAUUUAUAUCGUUGCCAAUGCUAUUGUAGCAUAUCAAAGAAUGUAACCCGACGUUCUCUAUGUCAAGCUUACGUGACUGAUUUUGCAGUAGCAACUUUGUUCCAAAAUAGAAGUAGAGACCUAUUUAGAGACCUAAGAGUCGACUCGAGAAUGUAAAUGCAACACCACUGACCAAGGCAUGCCUCCUCCGCAGGCGUCUCUAAGCGUUAGAAACAAUCUAAAAACCUUGUGGGUUUCCUGUGGUCGACAUAUUUUCUGGGCAAAAAUGAUGCCUGCGGAGGAGGGGAGGGAUGGUCCCACUUUGAAGCAAAUAUAAAGGGUACUGUGCAUCUAAGAUUUACUCUGCAACAUCUACUUAUUGAAAAAGUCCUGUAAGUUAGAAUAAAUUCUUGGAGUACCUUC